CGCCACAUCGGGCAAAUUCAACCAGACCGGGAACGUUCUUUGAAGAGUACAAAUCAUACAAUCGGGAAAAUACACCAAGGGAUAAGUGAUAAAAAGUGUAUUUUGGCAAUAAUUAUUCAAACAGUGUUGUGAAGUGAAAAGAAAAUAAAACAAAAUUCCGACAAAAAUGAAUACUCAACGAUCAUUCCUGGUGCUAGUGUUAAGCAUUGCAUUCUAUUUGAAUGCACAUGCCACUUUUACUUGCCCUAAGUAUGUUGGGGAUAGUUCCAGACAGUUGUCUUCACUGUACGCAAUGCCGCACAGCUCAACGGGUUAUGUGACCUGUGUCGGAAGGAUAAAAAUCGAAGCACAUUGUCCAGAUGGUGCAGUGUGGACUGAUAGUGCGAAGACGUGUGUCCGACAACAAUCUUCCAAUGGUGUUAUAGAACGAUCGCGAAGAAACACCGCUAUAGAUACGGUGACCACUUGUGCUACGGUUUGUCCGCAAGUUUUCGAUCCACGUAAGCUUGUUUUAGUAGAACAUGCUGCUUGUACCAAAUAUAACCUGUGCGUGCUUGGACUGUUGUUGACCGUAUCGUGUCCGAAUAAUUUGCGAUUUAAUAAGGAGCUGUGUGAGUGCGAUUUUAAGGAAAAUGUAUACUGUCCUGGCGAAGAUCCGGCAACAACAACAAUCAAUUAUGAAUCCACGACAACGGAAGUAAAUACAGAAACUACGAAGGAGUCUACCACUGAAGUCACAGCUUCCGAAACGACAACGGAAGAAUCAACUACUGAAGUAACAGCUUCCGAGACGACAACGGAAGAUUCCACAACCGAAGAAUCAACUACUGAAGUCACAGCUUCCGAGACGACAACGGAAGAUUCCACAACAGAAGAAUCAACUACUGAAGUAACAGCUUCCGAAAAGACAACAGAAGAGUCCACAACAGAAGAAUCCACCACUGAAGUCACAGCUUCCGCGACGACAACGGAAGAUUCCACAACAGAAGAAUCCACAACUGAAGUAACAGCUUCCGAGACGACAACCGAAGAUUCCACAACAGAAGAAUCCACAACUGAAGUAACAGCUUCCGAAACGACAACGGAAGAUUCCACAACCGAAGAGUCUGCUACUGAAGUCACAGCUUCCGAGACGACAACGGAAGAGCCCACAACCGAAGAGUCUACUACUGAAGUCACAGCUUCCGAGACGACAACGGAAGAGUCCACAACCGAAGAGUCUACUACUGAAGUCACAGCUUCCGAGACGACAACGGAAGAGUCCACAACAGAAGAAUCCACAACUGAAGUAACAGAAGAAUCCACAACUGAAGUCACAGCUUCCGAGACGACAACGGAAGAGUCCACAACCGAAGAGUCUACUACUGAAGUCACAGCUUCCGAAACGACAACGGAAGAUUCCACAACAGAAGAAUCCACUACUGAAGUAACAGCUUCCGAGACGACAACGGAAGAGUCCACAACCGAAGAGUCUACUACUGAAGUCACAGCUUCCGAGACGACAACGGAAGAGUCCACAACAGAAGAAUCCACAACUGAAGUAACAGCUUCCGAAACGACAACGGAAGAGUCCACAACAGAAGAAUCCACAACUGAAGUCACAGCUUCCGAGACGACAACCGAAGAUUCCACAACAGAAGAAUCAACUACUGAAGUCACAGCUUCCGAAACGACAACGGAAGAUUCCACAACAGAAGAAUCCACAACUGAAGUCACAGCUUCCGAGACGACAACCGAAGAUUCCACAACCGAAGAAUCAACUACUGAAGUCACAGCUUCCGAGACGACAACGGAAGAUUCCACAACCGAAGAGUCUACUACUGAAGUCAUAGCUUCCGAGACGACAACCGAAGAGUCCACAACAGAAGAAUCCACAACUGAAGUAACAGCUUCCGAGACGACAACGGAAGAGUCUACAACAGAAGAAUCCACAACUGAAGUAACAGCUUCCGAGACGACAACCGAAGAUUCCACAACGGAAGAAUCAACUACUGAAGUCACAGCUUCCGAGACUACAACGGAAGAGUCCACAACAGAAGAGUCUACUACUGAAGUAACAGCUUCCGAAACGACAACGGAAGAGUCCACAACAGAAGAAUCCACAACUGAAGUAACAGCUUCCGAGACGACAACGGAAGAGUCCACAACAGAAGAAUCCACAACUGAAGUAACAGCUUCCGAGACGACAACGGAAGAUUCCACAACAGAAGAAUCCACAAUUGAAGUAACAGCUUCCGAGACGACAACGGAAGAGUCCACAACCGAAGAAUCUACUACUGAAGUCACAGCUUCCGAGACGACAACGGAAGAUUCCACAACAGAAGAAUCCACAACUGAAGUAACAGCUUCCGAGACGACAACGGAAGAUUCCACAACAGAAGAAUCCACAACUGAAGUCACAGCUUCCGAAACGACAACGGAAGAGUCCACAACCGAAGAGUCUACUACUGAAGUCACAGCUUCCGAGACGACAACGGAAGAGUCCACAACAGAAGAGUCUACUACUGAAGUAACAGCUUCCGAGACGACAACGGAAGAGUCCACAACAGAAGAAUCCACAACUGAAGUAACAGCUUCCGAGACGACAACGGAAGAGUCCACAACAGAAGAAUCCACAACUGAAGUAACAGCUUCCGAGACGACAACGGAAGAGUCCACAACCGAAGAGUCUACUACUGAAGUCACAGCUUCCGAGACGACAACGGAAGAGUCCACAACCGAAGAGUCUACUACUGAAGUCACAGCUUCCGAGACGACAACGGAAGAGUCCACAACAGAAGAAUCCACAACUGAAGUAACAGCUUCCGAGACGACAACGGAAGGGUCCACAACAGAAGAGUCUACUACUGAAGUCACAGCUUCCGAGACGACAACGGAAGAGUCCACAACCGAAGAGUCUACUACUGAAGUCACAGCUUCCGAGACGACAACGGAAGAGUCCACAACAGAAGAGUCUACUACUGAAGUCACAGCUUCCGAAACGACAACAGAAAAGUCCACAACAGAAGAAUCCACAACUGAAGUAACAGCUUCCGAGACGACAACCGAAGAUUCCACAACAGAAGAGUCUGCUACUGAAGUCACAGCUUCCGAAACGACAACGGAAGAGUCCACAACAGAAGAAUCCACAACUGAAGUCACAGCUUCCGAGACGACAACGGAAGAUUCCACAACAGAAGAAUCCACAACUGAAGUCACAGCUUCCGAGACGACAACGGAAGAGUCCACAACAGAAGAGUCUACUACUGCAGUCACAGCUUCCGAGACGACAACGGAAGAGUCCACAACCGAAGAGUCUACUACUGAAGUAACAGCUUCCGAGACGACAACGGAAGAUUCCACAACAGAAGAGUCUACUACUGAAGUCACAGCUUCCGAAACGACAACGGAAGAGUCCACAACAGAAGAGUCUACUACUGAAGUCACAGCUUCCGAGACAACAACGGAAGAUUCCACAACCGAAGAAUCAACUACUGAAGUCACAGCUUCCGAGACGACAACUGAAGAGUCCACAACAGAAGAAUCAACUACUGAAGUCACAGAUUCCGAGACGACAACGGAAGAAUCAACUACUGAAGUCACAGCUUCCGAAACGACAACGGAAGAGUCCACAACAGAAGAGUCUACUACUGAAGUCACAGCUUCCGAAACUACAACGGAAGAGUCCACAACAGAAGAAUCCACAACUGAAAUCACAGCAUCCGAGACGACAACGGAGGAUUCCACAACUGAAGAGUCUACAACUGAAGUUACUGUAACUGAGUCUACAACAGAGGAAUCAACGACCGAAGUGACAGAAACUGUUCCGAUAACGUUAUCUACGAUUGAAGUUACUGCAGAAGGAACGACAUUUAGUUCACUAGCUCCAGAGACAACGACAAUUCCGCCAACGUCUUCCAGUACGGAAAGAAUCCCAGUGACAGGGUCUCAAAUAGUAACAGAGAUAUCGAAAGCAUUCGAUAAAAUUUCAAGUAUUUUCGAAACGUUGGCCAAAAUAUUUGCCUCUAGCAUUAAAAAUAAUUAAAUUAAAUCGGUAAAAUUUGGCGUAGUGUAAAGAUAACUUAAUUUAUGUUGAGGCAUGUAGAUGAUUGAAUGUAAUAAAACUGUAAAAAGACAAUGGUAUAAUAAAAUAAAAUGAACAAAACCACCAAAGCAAAAGCAAACAACAA